UGGGCAUAAACAUGGCGUCCAUCGUGUUGAAGGUUGCAGUGUCAAGUCUUUCCAGAUGUUCUCGUCUCACAUGCCUGAGAGCACAUUCAACCACAGCAGCCCUCCGUCAGGGCGUCCCUGGGCCCGUGUGGAAGGUGGGCAGGCUGAACCACAUCGCCAUUGCUGUCCCUGACAUGGAGAAGGCCACAUCUCUGUAUCGGGAUGUGCUGGGGGCCACAGUGAGCGACAAGGUACCUCUGCCUGAGCACGGCGUCUACACAGUAUUUGUGGAGCUGGGCAACACUAAGCUGGAGCUGCUGCAUCCUCUGGGAGAGAAGAGCCCGAUCGCUGGCUUCUUACAGAAGAACAAGGCUGGAGGGAUGCACCACAUCUGUAUUGAGGUAGACGACAUCAAUGCUGCGAUAGUAGACCUGAAAGCAAAGAACAUCAGAACUCUGUCUGCGGAGCCCCGGAUAGGCGCUCAUGGGAAACCAGUGAUGUUUCUUCACCCUAAAGACUGUGACGGCGUGCUGGUGGAGCUCGAAGAAGCAUGAACACCUCAGUCGGACAGCAAUUGUUGUCAUUAACAUUUCUAUAUUCCAAAAAAACAUUUAAUAAUAAGCAUUAUAGAAAAUGUCAUUUUUGUUAAUAUUGAUACUUAUUAGCACUAGAUUUUUGAUUUCAUUUCAGAAAGGUGCCUCAAUCUUCUGGGUCUGUUGUGUUCUUGACUCUCCUGCCUUGACAUCAAUAAAUUAUGAUGUGGUGUGUGCUCUGACAGUUUCCAUAUGGUGUAAUUUCA